AUGGAAGGUGAAUCAUCAUCGUCAGCAUCGAUGAGGUCAAAAUUGAUGGUGUCCGUGAAGCAAGAGUUGCCUACUGGAUCAGAGACUGAGCUCCUUAAGAUCGAAAAUGCCGUUCUCUCGUUGAUAGGCUACAAUGGUUUCCCAUCUGCCGGCGUGAUUCGGACCGGAGAAUUUUCACUGAAGGUUACCAUUCAGUCCAUUAGCUCUAUUCUGAUCGCGCUCUGUAUGGUGGGUGAUGUUCAAUGGCCCAUCACUAAGGACGCCCCAGUGCUACGUGUUGGCUGGCGUAGCUUUGCGUUCGCCAUGCCGGGACUCAUCUAUGGACUUCAGUUCGCCGAGAACUGCUGCCAGGAACAGUUGCUUAUCCUUUCCUGGCUCUUCAAGGAGUUCGCUCACUUUGAGGAUCACUCAGUGAGAGCUACUGGAUUUGAAUUCUCUGUGCCCGAGUCUGAGCCCCGAUUCUGGUGGGUGUCUCAGCCAAAGAUCCAACUCAUCACGGAUCCCAAGAUCAGGAGAAUUGGGACCAUGGUCCCAAAAGCAUCAACCUUCAUGGAAGGCAUGAACGAGGGGCUACGGAAGGCUUUCCGUAUGUCGGCGGUGGUCAAGCUUAUCACCCAAGUCGUUCUGAUGGGGUACCUUGACCAAAACUUCUUCGAUAUCUUUGACACAAGGACCCGACCCGAUGAAAGUAAGGAUCCGAAUUCCGACCGGGCUUCCCCGACCAUUUUCGUGUUUUCCGACAUCGUAGAAGCCGUAGAGGCGACCAAGUUCAUAGUCUCCAGCAAUUUCCGAUAUCUGCCAGUGUUUCAUCCGACGUGGAAUCCAGUACAAAGUGUGAAGCUAUGGAACAUAAACAAGAAGGGGUUAAUGUUUUUUCUACAUGCCCUAUUAUCGUCGGCGCCGCUCAACUACAACCGCGAAGCUGUGGUGGACGAGGAGGAGAAGACUAAUUCUGAUGUAGAGAUGCUGAAUAUAGAUGUCUUAGAAGAAGAUGUACAGGUGGUGGGAGAAGCUGCAAUGGAAGAAGGGGCCGAAUCUUGCGAGGCCACUAAAGAAGAGGUAGAGGAUGACGAGGAUGACGAGGCAACCGAAGAUGAUGAGGUCAUGGUGCUUCGUGAGAUUAAAUUUCCAAUAAUGGAGAGGACCGGCACGACUCGGCCUGAUUGGAAGAAGAACAGCUAG